AUGCUACCCAGGAUCAAGACUUUCAGUUUCUCGACUGAGAACCCAAUUGGUAGCCGAUACACGAUCCAGCCACGUGUUCCGGGGAAGUCAGUAAUUGACGUCUAUUCUGAGCUCAACACGCAGCAGCGCAUCUCCUUCGCGCGAGAUCUAGGCUCUGCACUAAAGGAGAUGAGCAGGAUCCAGUCGCCAUCUCCUGGCACAUUGAACCCAGACAGCAUUCUCGCUGGAUCAUCAGAACCGCAGCUCCUGCGUUUACAAUGCCCACCACGAAAUGCGUUUCGCCAAACCAAUGAGCCCUUUGUGGCAGCUACCCCUCAAACUGUCCAAGAGUUCCUCUUGUCACAAUUCGCUCGUCAACGCGCAUUCGACCUAACCCUCAAUCGUAAAUUUCUGAACCCUUGGAAGCCAUUUACAGCCAUCAUUCAGCAUCUACACACGCUCGGCUUCCUCAACGACAACAUCUACGCACUCACACACAUGGAUCUCGAGCCACGCAACAUGCUCAUCCACAUUACCUCUCCCACCACCGCUACCCUCUCCGCGAUCCUAGACUGGGAUGAAACCGUCUUCGCCCCCACCUUCAUGAAUUGCCGGUCCCCAUACUGGCUGUGGAAUUUCGAAGAGAGCGAUGACGAACCGGAAGAGGCUGAUGCCAACGACGUACCGGAAGACGUCGAUCUUGCUGCCGUAAAGAAGACGUUUGAGGAUGCCGCCGGAGAGGACUAUUGCAAGUUGGCCUAUACGCCUGAGUACAGGAUUGCGAGGGAUAUCACCAGAUUGGCUAUCAUGGGAAUUUGGUCUAAUAUGGACUAUGAUGAGGCGAAGGAGAUUUUGAAAGAGUGGAAUGCGGCUUAUCCUCAACUGGAGGUAUGUGGAAUUUUCGAUGAUGGGGAAGAAGAUUAG